UUUGGUUUCGCUAGUAAAUUCGUUAUCUUCUUGAUGAUUUGUCAUUUUGGCUAGGUUGUAAAUUGUAAUAUAUUUAAUACUCUUAAUGUGCCACGUUGUUUAGUGCAAAUAAAGAACCAAGAGCCUCGACUAAGAUGGCUAAGUUUCUUAGUCGGGCGCGUCUGAUAGCUUACAUGCCUGGCCUGGAAGCACUGCGUGCAACAGUUGUGAGUCAAAGGUCAUUUUCCCAUUCCAUACAGCAGUAUAACCGAGGAGAAGAAAGUCAGAGUGAAGUGACCACUUGGCCAGAUAAAAAACUUGGUCCCUUGUCAGUACAAGAUAAACGCUUCCCGCUGCCAGGUAAUGUCGGUACAGCAGCUCAACUCCUUCCGCAACAGCGACCGGAAGUAGCGUCCAGCCACGCAAACUGUGAUGUCCUCUACAAACCUCUACCUCAUGAUAGACAUGCUGCAGUGUUUGCUCAAUUCAUCAACACUGUCUCUGAGUCAGAAGAAUCAGCAGAAGACUUUAUGAAGGAAGCUUACAAAAAUCCGAAGAAUGUUUUAGAAAUGAUAGCACAAGAUUGUCCAAAAUCUCUAAUUAAAGGAUUUAGUGAUUUAUUUCCCGAUAUUGAUCUAUCUAAAGGCAGCAUAACAAUCCUAACCCUUUGCCAGAAAACAAAAAACGACAUGUCCACCUGGAGUCCUGAAGUUGAACACGAGCGGGAAGAGCUCUUAGAAAAUUUCAUGACGAGUGCAGUGGAGAUUUGUAAAUUAUUAACUGAGGCAGGUUUCUGGGCUGAUUUCAUUGACCCUUCAUCUGGACAAGCAUUUGUUGGUGCAAGUAAUCCCAACUCGACGCUAUUUGAAACAGAUGAACGCUUCACAAAGUUAGGUUUCGACAUUGAAGACUUAGGCUGCUGCAAGUGUAUACGACACCGUGACUGGGGCAUGCAUAUAUUCGUCGGAACUUUAUUCACAACAGCGCCCCCAGAUUGUGACAAGAUGAAAGAGAUAAUGUUCAAUGGGAUGGCAUAGCAUUUAAUUAUACUGUGAUUUUGUUAAUAAAUUAAUUUUAAUUUUAAAAGUGAGACAAUUUUAAAAAGGAUUAAAGUUGUACUAUUUAUAAACUGUUCAUGUUAAACUGCUUUCCCAUGUUAAAAUAUUGCACAAUGUAAGAUAUAAAAGGGUCUUAUGGGAAAUA